CUCAUGGUAGCGGUAUGAGGUAUUGACUACAAGUCCCAUAAGCCUCUUCUGAAUUCGAUGCGGCACAUGUUCAAACAUGGUUGCGUUCGCGGAUUUAAACAUUAGUAACACAAAUGAUAAGAAGAAGCUGCAGAGCCUUAUUGAAACGGCGGCUCAUCUUGGCUAUUCUACCGUUGCCAUAAAUCACCUCGUUGAGAUCCAACCAAAAAAGCAGGAAAUUGCGAAGCCAAAAUGUGUUUCCGAUUUGUUCGACCAGUUUCCUAUUGUACAGGGUACGUCAAAACCAAUCAAAGUGUUAAACCGGCUGACGCUAAUGGUCUCUGACGCAUCUCACUUUAGACCCACUUCAGAGUUAAAAUCCUAUGAUAUAGUGGCAGUGUAUCCUAAAACGGAGAAGCUAUUUCACGCCGCCUGCAUGACCUUUGAUGUUGACAUUAUUUGUGUGGCGGUGACAGAGAAGCAGCCCUUUCACUUUAAGAGGCCCCCGGUUUUUGGUGUAAGGUUGUCAGGGGAGGUUAAUUAUACAGGAGGUAGUUCGCCAUGGCUUAGUGGGUAGCAAGGGGGCCACACACCUCGGGGACUGGGCUUCAGGUCUCCGCCAUGGCUACAUGUGUGUAGUUUGCAUGUUCUCCCCAUAUCAUCGAAUUCCAGUCCCCCC